AUGUUUAACUGUGUCCCUGGCUUCCAAGCACUAAUUGCUCUGCAUUCACCCAUGUAUUUCUUUGUAUCCAAUCUUUCUUUUCUAGAGGUUGCCAUUACGUCCACAGUGGUGCCUAAGAUGCUGGCCAACACACUUUCUCUCACCAAAGCAAUAUCCUUCAUGGGGUGCCUUGCACAGUCUUUCUUCUACUUUCUCUUGGGAUCCACAGAAUUCUUCCUCUUGGCUGUCAUGUCCUUCGAUCGGUACGUUGCCACCUGCAACCCACUAAGGUAUACCAUCAUCAUGAACAAGAAAACAUGCGUAUCAUUGCUUCUGGGAUCUUACGGGGGUGCAUUUUUGUCAAUUUUGGCAUCAGCAAUAUUAAGUGCUCCUCUGCCCUUUUGUGGGCCAAAUGUAAUCAAUCACUUUUUCUGUGACAGUGCCCCUGUGCUAAAGCUGGUCUGUGCGGAUAUCUCUCUGGCUGAACUGGCUGACUUUGUCUCCUCUGCUGUGUUGGUACUGGGUUCCUUGCUCCUGACAGGACUGUCUUACACGUACAUUAUCAUUACAAUCUUGAGAAUUCCCUCUGUCCAGGGACGGCAGAAAGCUUUCUCCACCUGUGUGUCGCAUAUCACAGUGGUAACACUUUACUAUGGAAGCUCCAUCUUCAUCUACGUC